GAGCGGCCUGGGCGGCGAGACCCGGGCGCGGGAGCUGGGCCUAGGUCGGCGCCCUGGCAGCCGUGUCUGUGUCUCAGAGAAGUAGGGCCCAUUGACAACGAUGCCACCACCAUCAGACAUCGUCAAGGUGGCCAUCGAAUGGCCAGGUGCUAACGCCCAGCUCCUCGAGAUCGACCAGAAACGGCCCCUGGCAUCCAUCAUCAAGGAAGUCUGUGACGGGUGGUCGUUGCCAAACCCGGAAUAUUACACCCUCCGUUACGCAGAUGGUCCCCAGCUCUACAUCACCGAGCAGACUCGCAGCGACAUUAAGAAUGGGACAAUCUUACAACUGGCUAUCUCCCCGUCCCGGGCUGCACGCCAGCUGAUGGAGAGGACCCAGUCAUCCAACAUGGAGACCCGGCUGGAUGCCAUGAAGGAGCUGGCCAAGCUCUCUGCUGACGUGACUUUCGCUACUGAGUUCAUCAACAUGGAUGGCAUCAUCGUGCUGACAAGGCUUGUGGAGAGUGGAACCAAGCUCCUGUCCCACUACAGUGAGAUGCUGGCAUUCACCCUGACUGCCUUCUUAGAGCUCAUGGACCAUGGCAUUGUCUCCUGGGACAUGGUUUCAAUCACCUUCAUCAAGCAGAUUGCAGGGUACGUGAGCCAGCCCAUGGUGGACGUGUCCAUCCUUCAGAGGUCCCUGGCCAUCCUAGAGAGCAUGGUCCUGAACAGCCAGAGUCUGUACCAGAAGAUUGCAGAGGAGAUCACCGUGGGACAGCUCAUCUCACACCUGCAGGUCUCCAACCAGGAGAUUCAGACCUAUGCCAUCGCACUGAUCAACGCACUUUUCCUGAAGGCUCCUGAGGACAAGCGACAGGACAAGCACCUUAAUCCUCUAGACCUGCCUGUCACUGACAUGGCCAACGCAUUUGCACAGAAGCACCUCCGGUCUAUAAUCCUGAAUCACGUGAUCCGAGGGAACCGCCCAAUCAAGACUGAGAUGGCCCAUCAGCUAUAUGUCCUUCAAGUCCUGACCUUUAACCUUCUAGAAGAAAGGAUGAUGACCAAGAUGGACCCCAAUGACCAGGCUCAGAGAGACAUCAUAUUUGAGCUGAGGAGGAUUGCAUUUGAUGCAGAGUCCGACCCCAGCAAUGUCCCUGGGAGUGGGACUGAAAAACGCAAAGCCAUGUACACCAAGGACUACAAAAUGCUGGGAUUUACAAACCACAUCAACCCGGCCUUGGACUUCACUCAGACUCCUCCUGGAAUGCUGGCCUUGGACAACAUGCUGUACUUGGCCAAAGUCCACCAGGACACCUACAUCCGGAUUGUCUUGGAGAACAGCAGUCGAGAAGAUAAGCACGAAUGCCCCUUUGGCCGCAGUGCCAUCGAACUCACCAAGAUGCUCUGUGAGAUCCUGCAGGUUGGGGAACUGCCAAAUGAAGGGCGCAACGACUACCACCCGAUGUUCUUUACCCACGACCGAGCGUUUGAAGAGCUCUUUGGAAUCUGCAUCCAGCUGUUGAACAAGACCUGGAAGGAGAUGAGGGCAACAGCAGAGGACUUCAACAAGGUCAUGCAAGUCGUCCGAGAGCAGAUCACUCGGGCUUUGCCCUCCAAACCCAACUCCCUGGAUCAGUUCAAGAGCAAACUGCGAAGCCUGAGCUACUCCGAAAUUCUUCGCCUGCGCCAGUCGGAGAGGAUGAGUCAGGAUGACUUCCAGUCCCCGCCAAUCGUGGAGCUGAGGGAGAAGAUCCAGCCCGAGAUCCUGGAGCUUAUCAAGCAGCAGCGCCUGAACCGGCUCUGCGAAGGCAGCAGCUUCCGGAAGAUCGGGAACCGCCGAAGGCAAGAACGGUUUUGGUACUGCCGCUUGGCCCUGAACCACAAGGUCCUACACUAUGGUGACUUGGACGACAACCCUCAAGGGGAGGUGACAUUCGAAUCCCUGCAAGAGAAAAUUCCUGUUGCAGACAUUAAGGCUAUUGUCACUGGAAAGGAUUGUCCCCACAUGAAAGAGAAGAGUGCCCUGAAGCAGAACAAGGAGGUGCUGGAAUUGGCCUUCUCCAUCCUGUAUGACCCUGACGAGACCCUAAACUUCAUCGCACCUAAUAAGUAUGAGUACUGCAUCUGGAUCGAUGGCCUCAGCGCCCUCCUGGGGAAGGACAUGUCCAGUGAGCUGACCAAGAGUGACCUGGACACCCUGCUGAGCAUGGAAAUGAAGCUGCGGCUCCUCGACCUGGAGAACGUCCAGAUUCCCGAGGCCCCGCCACCAGUCCCCAAGGAGCCCAGCAGUUACGACUUCGUCUACCACUACGGCUGAGCGAGCCGGGACCUCAGUACCCAGGAGGGGUAGGGCCCUGGAGGACACUCACAGUCUGGUGCCUUGUCUUUUGCUUGUACAGAAUCUCGAGUCCAUCGUGGUGGCCAGUAAAUGCCAGCCAUUCCUCAGCCCCACCUCAGACUGCCCAGAGCUUCCCUUCUCGGUUCCUGUCCACAGGAGUCAUGACGGCAGGGUGCUCCAUCCUCCCCAUCGCCGUGCAGCCUGGACUCGGGCCUUGAGGGGUGAACAGCAGAUGCCCUCGCCUUCCAGCCCAAGGAACUGCUUCCUGAACUGUCUUAGUAACAACUGCUCACUCUUCUUCCCGAUCCUGCUGUCAGCUGGGUCCCUGAGGAUUGAGAGCUGGCCCAGGAAAGGCUGAGCAGAGGACAGAUGCACUGAGCAUGCUGAGAGCCAGGAGUGACAGUGUCUGGGUGACCAGGCCUGCAUUUCAGAUCUAAGGGCAGCCUUGGGCCUUUGCUUUUGUCUUCUUCGGGAAGGCUCACUCCAGCCUCAUUGGUGCCAAGAUGCUGCUGCUUCUGAGGUCUGGCCCUAACCUCUCUGGUCUCCAGAGCCCCAGACCUCUCUUGCCCAUGCAGGUACAGGGCAGAUGGAAAUUGCUCCCCCCAGCUCUCAGUCUCAUCCUGGCAGUCAAGGCCUCUGGGCUAGGCUAAGUCUUACUCUUAGUCUCCAGGAACGUUGCAGGGAUACCCUGGGCCUAGACUGUGGUGAGGUCACCAGAUCCACCCCCUUCUUCCACGUUUCUCUUUUCCUUCCUCGGGAAGAUUCGGCCGCCUAAUCUGAAUUGCAACCCCACCUCUUCAUUUUCCUUUGGCCUGCCAGACCCCAAGAAGUUUGCCUUCCCUUCCUCUCCUCCGUAGUGUCGUGGUAUCUGCAUUGGCCAUUUCAGGGAGCUGGCUGAGGCCCGCUGAGGCCACAGCUGUGCCAGUCGGGCUUCCCUGGUGCUGCAGCACUCGUAAACCACGGACACAGCCUCUCUUCUCCACCAUACGGUAACACAGCGGCAUUCGGUAUAGGUAGCCUGGCAUGGUAGGAACUACCCAACGAAGAGUGUACUAUCUAUUUUCUUUACUAUAGGCCAUACUUAUACAGACAUGUAUAUAUAUUUAUAUAAGAUCUACCUAUCUGAGGAUGAAACAUUUGGGGGAAAAUAAAACUGAGGGGAAAAGUAGCACUUCCAUUUGUGAGCCAAGAUUAUAAACCAGAGAGCAGCCAGGAGCUUCCUGUCGGUAACCAUGUUUUCAAUAAAUACUCUUUCAUGUACAAA